AAACCCAUACGUGAAUCUCAUUACAUUUUGCUAGUGCCUCGCCCCAAGCCAAUUUCCAAAACUACCCUCUUAAAACACUAAUAUUUACAAGUUGACAAGUUCAAUGGUGCUGGACCAUAGAAUGAAAAUAAAGACUCACUAGUAUUAGAUUAAAUCCCUCAAAAAUAUCUGCCAUCUGUCUCAAAACUCAAAAGGAUAAACACUAAUUAAUAAUUAAUUAAUUAAAUUAAAUUAAUUAAUCAAAAAUCAUAAAAAUCAACAACCACAGUUAACCGUCUACAUAAUUCCAGAAUCUUCCACAACUUUCUGUGUGCUUCUUUGCCUCCAUUUUAUCUUCACUCCAUCUGCGACUAUUAAUUCUCUAUAGUGAAUCUUCUUCUCUGAAUUUUUCAAAAAUAUAGUCAAUUUUAAUGGCUUUCGAAUCAGAAUCAGAAUCAUCAUUGAUGGAGAAUUUGAUGAAUUCUGGAAACAGAGACUCUUCUUUGUUUUUACCUUUCAUUUUAUCCAUUACGAACAAUUCAAUUUCAUCAAAUCCAGAUGAAGAAUCAGAUGAAUCAACAACUCGAUCUGAGUUUUCCGAUCGGAUCAUACUUGUAAACCCGUUAACCCAAAACAUGAUCGUCAUGGAAACACGUUCCUCUACUACUUUAGAUUCGUUUCUGAACGAAUUGAUGAGCAAAGAAGGUCAGCCACCAGCUUCCAAAGCAUCAAUCGAUGCACUUAAAAGUGUUGAGAUUUGCGAAGAAGGAGAAAAAGGGGAGUGCUCUAUCUGUUUGGAUGAUUGGGAAAUCGGCGAGAUAGCGAAAGAAAUACCUUGUAAGCAUAGAUUUCAUGGCGAUUGUGUUGAAAAAUGGUUGAAGAUUCAUGGGUCGUGUCCGAUUUGUAGGUAUAAAAUGCCUGAAGAAAAUGGUGAAUCGAAAAAUCGAGGGAGGAGGAGAGAGAUUUGGAUGAGUUUUUCAAGUUCAGAAAAUCAUAAUAAUCAUACAGUUUCAGCUAAUUUUAGUUCAGAAAAUGAUCAUGAUCAAGCUUAGAAAAAACUUGUGUUUUUUUUUUUUGGUUCAAAAUUUGCAGUUUUUUUUUUAAAAUAAUGUUAUUGUACAGAGGCACAUUUGUUUGUUGGAUAUGGUAAAAUGGAGAUUUAUAUUUACAUGUUAUUUAGUUAUUCUAUUUUAUGUUAUUUUUUAUGA